UUCUUAUUCUCAAGACAAUAAAGCAGUUUGUGGAGCCGAGAAAUAGUGUACAAUUUGCAUAUAGAUCUCUGAUGGCCCCUUACUUGCCACAGAGUGGGGCUGGUGGUGGUGGCAGUCCAUACUCUGAAGGCGGUGCUCUCUAUGCCCUAGGCUUGAUUCAUGCAAACCAUGGGGAGGGUAUCAAACAAUUUCUUUGUGAUAGCCUAUGCAGUACCAAUGGAGAGGUUAUUCAGCAUGGUGCAUGCUUGGGUCUGGGCUUUCCUGAGGAGUCAGGUGAUUCUCGGAGUGGACUUCACUUGUCUACCCCGAAGAGAAUGGUUGUUUCUCCCUUGAAGAAGCACAAAAUUAAGAAAUUGGCAAGGAGGAGAAAAAUUAAGAGAUGGAGUACACUGGAAGAAGACACUUUGAGAACUGGCGUGCAGAAGUUUGGUAGAGGGAACUGGAAGCUCAUCUUAAAUUCAGAUCGUUACAUAUUUGAAGAGAGAAUCGAGGUUGAUUUGAAGGACAAGUGGAGAAAUAUGAUACAUUACUGACUCU